AUGAGCUGUCGUACUCUGUGCUGUCACGUCCAAUUCACAAAGCGGACGGGUCAAUGUGGAGGCGAUACGGUAUCUGUCUACGAGUUGCUAGUGAUACAAAGUCUGGAGUACUUCAGGCGUUUGGCUCGCUUUGAGAGUGAAAAAAACUGGUACAGCUUUGAUUACAUAGUGAAGAAAGAGUGGGCCAAUUAG